CUUCCUGGUGGCAAAUAGUCCCAAUGUACUAGCUAAUAGGUAAAUUAGAAUGCUUCAGUGCUUAAUCAAAUGCAAAGUAAAUCUUAUCUCCAGAGUUGGACAAAUCUCAUGUAAGAUUGUUUAUGUCAAAAGUUAUUGCGUAUGCAAUGAAACCUAACCAUGAACACUAACAUACGUAAAGAUCCAAUGCGAUUAUAUAAUCAAAUACUGCAAGCAUGUAAAUCCUAUUGAACAAUUGUUUGCAAUAUGGUGGGUAUGAAGUAGAUUGCACUAAACUUAAGUGCAGUGUUCGUCAGAAAGCACUAGCACUUUUAUGGAAAUUAACAUGUUAGCUUAAAGAAGGGAAGUAAUGUUUUUCUUCUUCUUUGCUUUUCCCACUUUCUUUCUAAGGUGUAAUAAAAAUAAAGUUAGGAAGAUAAUUUGAAAUACUUAAAAUUAACAAGUGAGAUUAGCCUAUAGAGUAAAGGCCAAAAAGCAAGAGAAAAAAAAGAAGGGAGCUAAAAACAAAAAAGAUUAGGCACACUUUAUGAAGCAAUUUUAAGAAAACUGUAAACUAGACAAAGUAUCUUAACCAAAUAAAGGAGUCAAAACUUGAGAAUAGAAGCCCUUAUUGAGCAUAUGUUCUCCACAACCUAUAGAAAAGAAAGCACAAUAUCAAGAAGAAAAGAAACAAUAACAAGCCAAUAAUGAUAUAUCGGCCCACUCUUCUCAUAGUCUUUAUAAAUACAGCAAUCCUGAGAUGAAGUUUCCCAUCUCAAGCUUAAUCUCCAACUCUUAUCAGAAAUCAUAGUAGAUAGCAAACUCAAUCAAGAAGUGUGCUAUGGACCAGGGAAGAGGCAGCUGCAUGACUGAGGUUGCAGUUUUAGCCAUCUUGGUUAUUGUAUGUUCUCCAUCAUGCAGUUUUGCUGCCACCUAUAUUGUUGGAGAUUCGCAAGGUUGGGGUUUCUCAGCCUCCUACAAGGACUGGGCCAAUGGAAAGCCUUUUACUGCUGGAGACACCCUUGUUUUUAACUACCAAUCCGGUGUUCAUAACGUGGUACCUGUUACUGCUUCAGAGUAUGGAAGUUGCAAGGCAACUGGAAAAGCAUCAACCAGUGGCAAUGACAAGUUCACUUUGAAGAAAGGGGCAAACUAUUUCUUGUGCAGCAUUCCUGGUCAUUGCUCUUCAGGCAUGAAGAUCGAAGUAACUGGUCGGUGAGGAUCAGAGAUACGUCUUUUUC